CGAGAGGAAUAACCACCGUCGCUUUCACACUCGACCCCAGACGAGGCUUCUUCUUGGGGGAUUGCGACUCCGUCUCCGGUGUCGUUGGGGCUUUUUCUACCGGGGCGGCCUUGGACACCUGGCCGGCUAUGUCCACCUCUGCUGCGGCGUCUGUGCGAGGCUCCACCGGCUCCGGCUCGAGACACAGUGCAGGCUUCUCCUCCACGGUCUCCGGUUCGAUACAUACUGCGGGCUUCUCCUCCACAGUCUCCGGUAGGACACAUACUGCGGGCUUCUCCUCGACCGGCUCCGGUAGGACACAUACUGCGGGCUUCUCCUCGACCGGCUCCGGUUCGACACAUACUGUUGGCUUCUCCUCGACCGGCUCCGGCGCCUGUUCCAUCGGGUCUUUCUGCUCCGGUAUGACGAACCUCCUGGUCCUCCUGCCGGAAGUCACCGGGGUUCUCUGGAGUCCGGAUGGGCGACGCACCACGCGGCCGCUGCGGGUCCGCAUGGUCAUGAGCGCUGGGUGUUGAUCUUCGUCCGCUACGCGUGCCGCUUGUGUAUCGCCGCUGUCCGACAUGUCUGUUUUCCAACGCUCUCCCCACGUGUAAGCUGGCUCGGUAGCUGUUACGUACUUCCGUUUUUUUGUAAACAACGUCUUUUCAUUACUGCCAUCUUUCGGUAGGAGGGUGAACUGUAUAAAACCGCCCAGAAAACGUUUGUUUUAUGCUCUUCAUUUUAAAAAAAAGUUUAUUUUGUAUUUUAUUAUGUAUUCAUUAAUGACUCUUUGUCUGUUUUUCCUUGUAAAUUGAGUUUUUCAAUCAAGAUUGUUUUAAAGCGAAAGCUUAUUUUUCUUCGUGGCUUUGAAACGCGGCUCCAUUUUCAGUCGUAAAUGUAAUGGUGCCACCCGUUGUCCAAAAAGCGUCAUUGCAGCAUCUUAAAAAAUGGCAUCACAUGAUUAGACUUCCGCACCACAAGAUGCCGCAUGAUGUUUCAUCCUCUCCUCUUCGAUAAAUAAUGAAAGUCAAACCCGUACACUUGAAGUCCAGUUCAUCAAAAACGUACGCUUUUAUGCUGUUUAAGAAGCAGGAACCGGUUUAGGCGAAGACUCGUCAUGUCGCUGCUGGGACUCGCAAACUUCCUGCUGCUGCUCGUUGGACUCUCGCUGGCCGCACCUCCGUCCUUCAGCGUGGACUACCAGAACGACUGCUUCCGCAAGGAUGGAGAGAAGUUCCGCUACAUCUCGGGCAGCAUCCACUACAGCAGGAUCCCCAGGGCCUACUGGAAGGACCGGCUGCUUAAGAUGUACAUGGCGGGCCUGAAUGCCGUCCAGACGUAUAUUCCAUGGAACUUCCACGAGGAGUCUCCGGGCAUGUACGACUUCAGCGGAGACAGAGAUUUGGAACAUUUCCUUCAGCUGGCUCAGGAUAUUGGCCUACUGGUCAUUCUUCGACCGGGGCCUUAUAUUUGUGCCGAGUGGGACAUGGGAGGACUGCCUGCCUGGCUUCUCCAGAAGAAAGACAUUGUGCUGCGCUCUUCAGAUCCAGAUUACAUAGCAGCAGUGGACAGCUGGAUGAGCAAGUUGCUGCCGAUGAUGAAGCGUUUCCUCUAUCAGAAUGGCGGCCCUAUCAUCAGCGUGCAGGUGGAGAAUGAAUACGGCAGCUACUUUGCGUGCGACUACAACUACAUGCGUCACCUCUCCAAGCUAAUGCGGUCUUACCUUGGCGAGGACGCGGUGCUGUUCACCACCGACGGCGCGUCGCUGGGCUUCCUCAAGUGCGGCGCCAUCCAAGGCGUCUACGCCACCGUCGACUUCGGCCCAGGUUCCAAUGUGUCCGCAGCAUUUGCAGUGCAGCGACAUGCAGAACCUCAUGGACCCUUGGUGAACUCUGAGUACUACACAGGCUGGCUGGACCACUGGGGCUGGCCUCACUCCGCCGUCUCGGCCAAAAAAGUGGCCUUGACCCUCAACGAGAUCCUGGCCACGGGUGCAAACGUCAACCUGUACAUGUUCAUUGGGGGGACCAACUUUGGAUACUGGAAUGGUGCCAAUUCGCCUUACGCAACGCAGCCGACCAGUUACGACUACAACGCUCCACUCACUGAGGCCGGAGACCUCACCGAGAAGUACUUUGCAAUCCGGGAGGUGAUCAAAAUGUACCGCGAAAUACCACAAGGGCUCAUACCGCCAUCAAGUCCGAAGUUUGCCUACGGUGCUGUCAAAAUGCAGCAGCUGCAAACGGUGUCCGAAGCCUUAGAGACAAUCUCCUUCUCUGGUCCAGUGGCGAGCGUGUUCCCUCAGACGUUCACUGACCUCAGCCAGGCAUUUGGCUAUGUGCUGUACAGGACUGAGCUGCCGGUGAAUUGCAGCACGCCCACGCCGCUGGCGUCGCCACUGAACGGAGUCCAUGACCGAGCGUAUGUGUCUGUGGACGGGGUGGCUGCGGGCGUUCUGGAGAGAAACAAAGUCCUAAGCAUUAACGUGACCGGCAAAGCUGGCAGUCAAGUGGACAUACUGGUGGAGAACAUGGGCCGGAUCAACUACGGAAGAUAUAUUAAUGACUUCAAGGGCCUCGUGACCAACCUGACGUUGGGCAAUGUCGCGCUCAAAGGGUGGACCAUGUACAGCCUCAGUAUCGACCAAGCGGUCAGCCAGGGCCUCUUCUGGGAGACGAAAUCCACGUCGGCCGGCCCCCUCCCUCCCGCCGCCCUCUCACUUCCGGCCUUCUACGUAGGAACUUUCCUCAUUCCCGACGCCAUCCCCGAUCUCCCUCAGGAUACCUACAUCAGCCUGUCCAAAUGGCGCAAGGGGCAGGUUUGGAUCAACGGUUUCAAUUUGGGACGCUACUGGCCGUCGCGAGGUCCCCAGUUGACUCUUUUCGUGCCGGGCAGCAUCCUCAGCACCGACGCCCCCAACAACGUGACGGUCCUGGAGCUGGAGGCGACCCCCUGCCUCUCGGGACCGUGCACGGUGGAGUUCACCACCGCUCCCAUCCUGAAUGCGACGGUGCAGAACGACCGCCGGCAGCGCUGGCCGACGUUUAGAGCCCAUUUGCUUUAAUGAUAAAGGGAAGAGUCUGUUUUGCAAAUUUUGCUGAAAACAGUCACUUGAUUUGUGACUGAUUGCAGAAAUAGCUGUGACUUUUAAUGAUUCAAUGUGUCUUCUGGAGAAGUGCUGAAGUACUUUACCACAUUAAUGACAUUUUAAACUUUCAUCAAUGGGUUCAUCAUUAUUUUGCCUAAAUAAUAGUUUUGAAUGCCAAAAACACAUCAGGGAAUACACACUUUUUACAUGUUGUGGUAUAAUUGCCUGUUUUUUUUAUUUCUGCAUUUGAAUGGAUUGACUUUUAAUAAAAAUGGAAGGAUUAUACUGCACAAUGA